AUGGCGGAGAACUCCAAAGGACAAGGCGAAAAGCCAUGGAUUCCACCCAAUCUGGCGGCGGUACUUCAUGGACCAGUGCCAAAAUCACAGCUAAUACCAAUUGAUCACAUGCCUCCGCGGGAGCUUUCGAGUCAACAACCUCGGUCUCGAUUUGCCACGAAACCAACCAUGGAAGAGAUGCGAUCUCGAUUCAGGCGUUCAAGAAGCCCCCCUCGACCUCGACAUAUAAGGGAGCCACGGUCUAUCAAAGAGACUCGAUAUCGGUCCAUGCGUUCAAGGAGCCCAAUCCCACCUCCAAGAGUUGACAAGUUCUCAAGACUUAUCCAAGAGAUGCAACCUCAAUCCAGUUUUCUAAACAGCCCGCUUCAACGUCGAGAUGGCAUGGAGCUAAAGUCUGUGGAAGAUAUGCGACCUCAAACCAAGCGUCGAAUUGAAUUAAUGGGCAUGUCUGUCGACACAUUACAGAUUACCCCAAGAUCUAUUCAAGAGAUGCAACCUCAAACCAAGCGUCGAAUGGAAGACUUAAUGGACAUGUCUGUCGACAAAGUGCAGCUUACGCCAAGCUCUAUCGAAGAGUUGCAACCUCAAACCAAGCGCUCGAUUAGCUCACUUCGACGUCGAAAUGACAUGGAACUAAACUAUAUGAAACACAAGCGACAUCAACCCAAGCGUCGACCUCAGGAUUUGGUGGAGCCAAGGUCUAUCGACAAAUUGCAGCUUACGCCAAGAUCUAUCGAAGAGUUGCAACCUCAAACCAAGCGCUCGAUUAGCUCACUUCGGCCUCUGAUUGUAAUGAAAUCAAAGUCUAUUGAUAAGAUUCCAACCCUGGGCGAGGUACCCAAUGUUCUAAAGGUUUCACUCAAGUCAUCAAAGACCAUUCCAAUACCUUCUACUGACAAUUAUUCCAAAGAGCAGAAAUUUGGAAGACAAACAUUUCACAAGUUUUCUGAUCUUCCAUUAGAGCUUCAGAUUAUGAUUUGGCAGUGGUAUGGAAGGAUCCACGCAAACAGUAAUCCGAACAUCAUCAAGAUUUUCCGCUGUUUCAGACCUGUGCUACAAAAUCUCACGGUGAGAGAGAAUCCAUCAGAGCGGAUCCCAUACUUUGCAAUAAGUUACAAGCUUCCUCCCAUCUUUUAUGUCUGCAAACUUACUUUCACAAUUGCGAAAGACUUAUAUGAGAAUGAAUUCCAAGUAAUUCCAAUGAUCAAGGAUGAUAAACAAUUGACAUACUUUAAUGAAGAUAGGGAUAUCAUUGCUUUGGAAGAUGCUCAGGUAUUGAGAGAUUGGAGAUACAACCGCCAGACUGAAGCUGAAUCCACCGGAAGAGCGCACAUGAACCUAUUCCGGCCUGCAGCCGAAAAAAUCACAAGAAGAAUCAACAUGAAACAUCUCGUUAUUGGUGGAACAGACAGAUCACUGAUCGAGGCGAGGCAGCUGGCAAGGUUUUAUGACUGCGAGUCCGUAAUGUUGGGGGUACCCUAUUUGGUUCGCAGCAGAUUCUUCUCCACGGAGGAAAGAAGCAAACCCGACCGUGAAGCUAUCUCGACUCUUCGUGAUCGACUUUUACGCUUCUGGAAGGAGGAAAGACGAAGUCUUUUUGUUAGGGAAGACUAUCGCAGAAAGCCUAUCCGUCCAGUGGUAGUUGAGCCAAAUUGGGACCCGACUGAACGAACGAUAUCCAACCCAAUGUUCUUUAUCUGUACAGAUGGUGAAAUUUUAUCUCAACUGCACCGUUUACAUCCUGCGAUCACAAAUUUCAUGACACCACCCCCAGGAGCGAAGAGUUCUAUCACUUUCAUGAACGAUAUGAAGUUCUCACACAAGCAUGCAAGGCUAUUUGAGCACCCGUGGGAGUUCGUUUCAAAAGAGUAG